UGCAGAAUAUAUAUAGACAUAUAUUUCAAAAUCAAAUUCAUUGAAUGAAAAAUACGGAACAAUAUAGAAUUGGAAAUAAGUUCAUGGGUAUGACGUAAGCGGCUCGCUUUGUUAAAAGACCGAAAGUAAAUGAAUAAUGAAUUAAUUAAUUAGCUGUUUCUUCGAUAAAUAGCGGCAAAGUCAGAGAUGGAGACAGAACCUAGCAUUGUUGCUCCGUCAUUCAGCCAAGGUCAGGAAGCAUCGUUUGAAGCAAAUGACUUUGGCAUGGACAAUUUUCCGGAGGAUGAAGAUUUUCCAAUGGAUGAUGGUUAUGAUGAUGCUGAAGUCACUGAAAAUCCUGGAGAAGACUUCCAAGCGGGUGGUGAUACCGGCCAGGAUGUUGGAAAGUUUAAUCAAAGUGCUGUCCCUAAAGCAAAUGUAGGUGCAAAUUAUGCUCCAGGAACAUUUAGAGCAGCAACUGGUGACAGUUUCCCAAAGGGUGAUGAUGCAAACGAAGAAAGUUCUGGUAUGGAUGAUUAUCCAAUAGAUAACAAUUAUGAUGAACCGUAUGAUCAGAAUGAUAUGAAUUAUGCUGAUGAGAACUAUGAAGGUCAAGGUAACUAUGAAAGUCAAGGCUAUGAUGAAAGUGAUCCAAGUCAGGGGUAUGAGGGUGACAUGAACUAUGCUAAACAGGGUGCUGUAGGGCAUAGUGAAGGCGGAGAGGGAUACUAUCCACCAGAGGAGGGCUACUAUGACCAGUAUGAUCAAGAAGAAGCAAAUGAAGUGCAAGGUGAAGCAGGCUUCGAGGGUGAGGAGGGAGAUGAAGAAUAUGAGGAAGAAGAAGAAGAAGAAGAAGAAGAAGAGGGGGAGAGUGAAGGGGAGGAAUCUGAGGAGGAAAGCGAAGAUGAGGACGUGACUGAUGCCAUCAACUCGCUCGACUUUGACAGUGAAUUUGGUUUGGAAGGGGAAAGUGCAGAAAGUAUAAACACACAGGAGCCAGCCUCUGCUGAUAUGCCAGGUACCAGCGGACAGACUACUGAAGACAGUUCGGAUAAGCCAGAGAAGAAGAAAAGAAAGCGUAAAAAGAAAGAAGGUCCAGAUUCAGGAAAUAAACAAAAGAGAAAACGAAAGAAGAAAGGAGAGAGUGGAGAAGAUGGGGAGAAAAAGAAAGCAGAUAAAGGCGCUAGGAAAAACAUUCGAAAAAUUUUGUCAGAGAACAAACUGGAGAAGGAGACCCUUGAUGCUCAGGCAGCUGAGUUGGAGAGACAGCGCCGUCUCCAGGAGCUGAAGAAACAGCAGCUUGCUAGUUUACUACAUGUGUCUCAGGAGAAAGAACCAAAGAAAGAAAAAGAUAGCCAACUUAAAUCUCUGCUUCAAGCUGCGGAGGAGGAGGCAGAGAAAGAGACUGAUGGCACGGAAGUGGAGAAGAAGGAGGAGAAAAAAGAUGAAAGAAAGGGCAAGAAAGAAGGUGUGAUUGACAUCAGUAGUGGGGAGGAUGAUGAAGAUGUUGUCAUGGUGAACAGUGAGGAAGAAGAGGAGGAGGAGAUGUCGGACGAAGAUUAUGCAGAGGCUGAGGACGUUAACAAUAGUGGAAGUCAUAUCAAUGAUAUGUACAACAUCCCUGAUGAUCAGGGCAGAGUACUUGUCAAUGUAGGACACCCGACAUCUGAUCCAGAUAUCUACCUGUCAAAUUUAGUUGCCAAACAUAUCAAACCUCAUCAGAUUGGAGGUGUGAGAUUCCUGUAUGACAAUUUGGUAGAGUGUGUUAACCGUUUUAAGACCAGUGCUGGUUUUGGUUGUAUUCUUGCACACAGUAUGGGUCUCGGUAAAACUAUACAAAUGAUUGGGUUUAUCGAUAUAUUUCUACGUCACGCCGGAGCUAGGACUGUUAUGGUUAUUGUACCCAUUAACACUCUUGCUAACUGGAUGGCAGAAUUUAACAUGUGGGUACCAGACAAGGAGACCUGUGAGAAGUAUAAUAUACCUCCGGAGGAAACGGAACCAAGACCAUACAAGAUUUUCGUGCUGAAUGAUAACUACAAAAAUACUCCAGCCAGAGCUGGUGUUGUUGGUUCCUGGUACCAAACUGGGGGUGUUCUACUGCUGGGUUACGAGAUGUACCGCCUCUUGUCAAGUAAGAAAGUUCACCUACAAAAGGCUAAAGGUCGCAAGAAAGUAGCUGGAUCUAAUGUUAUAGAUGUGGAAGAGGAAGAUAGAGACAAAAAGCUUCUCAUGAGUAUACAUGAAGCUCUAGUAAAUCCUGGUCCAGACCUAGUUGUUUGUGAUGAAGGUCACAGAAUCAAGAACACCCAUGCUGGAAUCUCCCAGUCACUGAAACAGAUCAAAACCAAGAGAAGGAUUGUACUGACUGGAUACCCACUACAGAAUAACUUGAUAGAAUACUGGUGCAUGGUGGACUUUGUGCGACCAAACUUCCUUGGUACGAAGACAGAGUUCUGUAACAUGUUUGAGCGCCCAAUCAUGAAUGGUCAGUGUGCUGAUAGUACACCGCAGGAUGUGCGCUUGAUGAGAUAUAGGGCACAUGUUCUACAUAGUCUACUUGAAGGCUUUGUUCAAAGGAGAGGUCACACAGUAUUACAGGCAGCUCUGCCUCCUAAAGAAGAGUAUGUGCAUAUGAUACGUAUGUCCCCAAUCCAGCAGAAACUGUAUGAGAAAUUUAUGGAGUCAAUCACUGAUGCUUCUUCAAAUGGCUGGGUGAAUAACAAUCCUCUAAAGGCAUUCUCAGUCUGUUGUAAGAUCUGGAACCAUCCUGAUAUUCUGUUUACAUGUAUGAAGAAAAGUCUGGAUGAUAAUGACCUUGACAUUGAAACUGGUGAACCAAAGAAAAAAGGGGGCAGGGGAAGGAACAAAAAGGAAACCCCACCAGCAACCCCUAACCCAGAGGCUGGAGCUAGUCCAGGAGCCCAGGGUGUAGGUUUCCCAGGACAGGGACCAACUUUAAAUAUAGGAAGACAAAAUGAGCCGACUAUUACAUAUGACUGGGCAAAUGAAAUUUUGAAGGACUAUGUCCCAGGGCAGUUGGAUAAUGGCGGGAAGAUGGUGAUAUUGUUCAGUCUUAUAGAGCAGUCUCUACUAGCAGGAGAUAAAAUUCUAGUUUUCAGUCAAAGUUUGUUCACAUUAAACCUUAUCGAAGAAUUCCUUGGAAAGUUUAAAGUGCCAAGACCAGAAUUGGAUGAAUACUGGUGCAGAAAUAAAAACUACUUCAGGCUUGAUGGUAGUACAUCUAGUUCAGACAGAGAAAAGUUGAUUAAUCAGUUUAACUCGGAGCCUAACAAAUGGGUUUUCCUUCUCUCAACAAGAGCUGGAUCUCUUGGUAUUAACUUGGUUGCAGCAAACAGAGUUGUUGUUGUAGAUGCUUCAUGGAAUCCAUGUCAUGACUGUCAGGCUAUCUGCAGAGUGUACAGGUUUGGUCAGGUCAAGCCUAGCUACAUUUAUAGGCUUGUUACGGAGAAUACAAUGGAACGAAAGAUAUACGACAGACAAGUGAACAAACAGGGAAUGUCUGACAGGGUUGUGGAUGAACUUAAUCCACAGAAUCAGUUCCGGAGAGAACAUGUUGACAAACUCAUGUACCAUGAAAACAAGGAAUACCCAAUAGUAGAUUUCAGCACCUGUGAGGAUGAAUGUAAUGAUAGCUGCAUGGUCACAGUGCUGAAAAACCAAGGCCAUUGGCUUACUUCUAAACCAUUUACCCAUGAAUCUCUUCUGAUUGAUCGUAAAGAAUUGAAGUUGACUAUGAAGGAGAAGAGACUUGCAAAACAAAGUUAUGUUAUGGAGAAACGACUGAAUGUCUCGUACAGUCGACCCUCAUAUGCUGCCUACUAUCCGAGAGGUGUAACUCCAUACCAGGGUACAAUACGGGGAAGAGGUGGUGCUAUACAGAGGCCUAUAGCAAGUGUAAAACCAAUGGUAUCUACACCAGUACCAAUGAGACCAAAGAUUGUUGCUGCUCCGCAGAUCCUGAAACCAGGUGUCUCUGUUCACCAAGUCCUGACCACAACUGAAAUUGUGUUACCUGGAACCAACACAUCUACAGAAGCAGGAACCACUGAACCAAAGAAAAUACCUGCUGGGCAACAAGUUCUUGUCAUACGUACCCCCAAGGGUGUCUAUAUAAGAACCCCAGAUGGGAAAAUAUUUGCAGUGAGGUCCAAACCACAGCCGGACUCCACAUCUCCACUGGACACACUGGCAAAUACAGGGAGCGGCAUGAGCACUGGAGUGACAAUUGUACGACCAACCACUACAACAACAGUGAGUGCUGGUGUGGCGACAUCCAAGUUACCUGCAGGUGUGACCGUCAUCCGACCUAAGCCAAGUCCUAUUACCACCACUAAGCCCUUGACUAUCAUUCGCCAAGGUCCCGGUCAGGUUAGAACCAUUAUACCAGUCACAAUUGGUGCCAAAGUUUCAACCGUCUCUACUACCACUGGGCAGAUGGCCAUAAUCUCGGCACAGUCACAGAAAGUUAGUGCAAACCUUCCAACCAGUUCCAAAAUUAGAAUUGUCACACCUAACACAACUACCAGUAAUGCUACUGGUACAAAAGUUAGCUCCCUUGCUGCUCUUAAGAAUCUCUCAGAAGGGAAAAAGACUAUAGCAAACACCCCUGUAUUCAGUGGUGAGAAUACUGUUAAGAAGGUUGCUCCCAAACAGCAACCAGUCGUCCAGGACAUGAAAAAUAUCAUCAUGCCAAAAGUAGGGAGUGUGUCUGGUAAACCUGAAACAAGCACAGAUAUGAAAAUGGACAUUCAAACUGACAAUAAUAUGCAGAAAAAUACUGCAACAAAUGUGGGUAAAGAGUCGUCAUGGAAUUUACCACCAAUAGAUAUGAAAGCUUUAAAAUUACCUCGACAGUUAAGUGGUGUACAGAGUAGUGACAGUAAGAAAAUGGAACAAAAUUUGUCUAGUCUUAAAAACAAAACUUUGAACAAGUCUGUAAAACAUGACAUUACACGAGUUCAAGCUACAGGUGAAAAUAGAAACAAAAAAGGAAAACCAAAAUUUUCGUUGUCUGGUAGUCCGUCAGACUCAAGUCAGUCUGCGUCCCAGUCUCCUGUAUCAGAGCUUUUAAAUACAGAAUAUACACCACCCAUUAUGCCCCAGUCCGAUCAUCUAUCUACUCGACCUUCAGAUAUAGACUUGCAUGAGAUGAAACUAUCAGGUAAUCAAAACUCUACUACUAAUCUGUCACAGAUGAUGUCAUCUGAAAACCUAAACCAAACGCAGUCAAACUGGUUAGGAAAUCCUGGGAACCAGUCUAUGUCUUUUCCAAGCAAUAGUAACCAGAACCAGUCUGACAGUCAACAGAACCAGCCUGCUUUUCAGCAAAUCCAGUCUGGUAGUCAACAGAACCAAUUUGGCAUUCAGCAAACACAAUCUGGUAGUCGGCAGAAUCGGUUUGGAAAUCAGCAGAACAAAUCAGGAAGUCUGCAGAACCAGUUUGGAAUUCAACAGAAUCAGUCUAGCAUUCAACAGAAUGUUGGAUUUCAGCAACCAGCCCAACCAGCACAAAAGAGUACCUCAAGAUCUAACAGUGGAAUCUUCAAUCCUGGUCUGCCAGAUAUGACAAGUGCUAAUGAGAUGAAGUCUGGACCUGGAGCUGUUGCAUCAAAUCAGCCAUCCAACCAAGGUCAGAUGUUCAUGAAUAACCAGGAAGGUACUAACAUGUAUGGUGAUACGAGCAGUGGUGGUUUCAUGAACAUGCAAGGCAGUAACAGAAAUAUGGCGGUUGGUUUUGGCAACCAGACUACCUUCCAGGGUCAGAGUUCAGAUUUUGGAAACCAAAAUUCUGGAUUUGGUACUGGUAAUGCAGUUCCACAGCAAAACAGUGAUACCAUGGCAGAUUUUACCAUGAGUGGUAUCCAUAACAACUCCAGUUUCCUGUCUGAACUAACAGAUGCAGAUGAUAAUUUCCUGUCACAACUUGAUGCUGGUUCUGACCAGAACAGUCAGUCAUCAGUGGACAGUACACAGAUGAUGAACCAGUCUGCAAGUGGAAUGUCCCAAAAUGUUGGAAUGGGAAACCAGUCAGGGUCAAUUGGGUCACAGUCUGGUAACAUGGGGAUGCCCAGUCACCAGCAAGGCAAUAUGAAUUUUGACAUGUUCUCUAAUCAGCAACAACAGAAUCCUAAUUUCUUUCAAAAUUUUAGUGGAAAUAACCAGUUUAACAGGAGCAAUAGCUUUGGAGGCCAGCAGAACGUGAAUAUGUCCCAACAAGGGGGAUUCCCUGGAGGUUCAAUGUAUCCUAUGGGAGGUAUGAUGCAACCAAGUAUGUUUCCGUAUGCACCAUUUGCUCCAUACCCAUAUCCCCCAAUGAUGGCCCCAAUGCCAUAUUAUCCAAUGCCCUUCCAGCCUCAGUAUGGAGGACAGGGUGGCAAUAUGGGGCAACAGACUGGGAAUAUGGGCCAGCAAGGGCCCAAUAUUGCUCAGCCGGGAUCAAGUAUGGGUAUGCCAGUGGGUCAGCAGGGAGAUAACUCUUUCCAGCCUGGAAUGGGUAAUCAGUAAAUAUGCUUUUUAACAUGGAUAUUAACUUUAUUUGUGGUUUCAGUGUUUUGUAGAUUAAAGUGCUUUUUUGAGAGAGACAGAUACAACAAUUGUAUAAUUGGAUAGCAGAAAACUGGAAUUUUAGUGCCAUACUGUACUGUACCAUACAGUUUGAAGGAAUUACAGGACCAGCCUUGUGUAUUCUGUGGAAAACAUUCUUAUUUGUAUUCAUGUGCAACAAAAUUGCCUUUAUACAUGUGUUGUAUUUUUUUUUUGCUUGAUCCUGUAGUAUGUAAGUGUACCAGUUAAAUGAUUAGUAAAGUAAAGUAUUUAAGGUAAAGUAAAGAUAUUUUGAUAAUCAUAUAAAUAAACAGAAUAGUCUGUUUUAUUUUUUCCUGACAAAUAGUUUGCAAUAUAUAUGUGUAUGUCACCUCUUGUAGAAAGAACAGACUAUGAAUUGUGGAAACAAGUAUGAAAAAAUUGGACUGACCCGAUAUUUAUUACAAAAAUGUUUUAAGUUUAAUUUAUUAGCACCAUAAAUUAUAUAUUUACAAUUAUUUGAUUCUUGUGCCACAUACAGUUGAGAACACUAUGCUAGUAAGGUAUUAACCUUUAGCCUGCUGGCGCAAGUCAUUCAGCCUUUGCGACCAGUGCAGACCAAGAUCAGCCUGCACAUCCGUGCAGUCUGAUCAUGGUCUGCACUGUUCGCCAUUCAGUCACUAUCUUUUUGGUAAGCACCCCUUUUAACAGUUAAUGGUACUGUCCAAAUUGAAAGAUGGACAAGUUCAUUAUAGAAAUUUAGCAGGAUAAGGGUUAAGGCUAUUUGUUAUGGUAUUACAUUUAUAAACUCUAACCUAAGGAAACUUUUAUUUGAGACAAGCUUAUGAAGUACAAAUGACUACUGGAACAAAUUGGACGUUUCUUUGUUUGGUUGCAGUUGUGUAUGUUUACAUCAGACUUUGAGCCACGCCAUGAGAAAACCACAGUGCAAUUGCGACCAGCAUGGAUCUAGACCAACCUGCACAGUCUGGACAGGAUCCAUGCUGUUUGCUAACCGUUUCUCUAAUUGCGAUGGCCUUUGAAAGCGAACAGCAAGGAUCCUGACCAGACCAUGGAUCCAUGCUGGUCGAGGAUGCACUAAGUUGGUUUUCUCAUGGCGUGGCUUAUUUCAUUGUUAAAUAAAAUUUGUGCAAUAAGAUUAUUCUACUACAAUGAAGUUAAAAUUAAAUCAUGACCAUAUCUUUCAUUAAUUCAUGUCAUGUUACCUCAUUCCAUAUCGGUAUAAUUAGAAUGUUUUCACCGUGUACAUGAUCCGAUAAAUCCAUGUGCAGUUGUUCGUGUACAUGAGCUUAUGUGUUUUCAGUGUACAUUUAGCAUAAUCUUUGACAUAUUUUCUUAUUUAAUUUUGAACGCUGUUAUAUGGUACUUGUACUAAUUUAAAGCAUUGUUAUAUGUUGGGCUAAUAUCUUUGAUGAUGUCUGUAGAGUUUUACAUUAAAUCUGGUUAGAUUGUUAGUAACAGUUCUUGUGUGUAGAGUGUAUAUGCUGAGUUUACAGCUACAGUGUGUUUACACAUGACCAGGAUCGUUAUUUCAUGAACAGCCAGCAUUUUACUAGUUUAUUCUAUAUUAAUUUUUCUCUUGCAGUCAGUGAUUGACAUAUCUAUAUUUUCUCCAUUAGGUACAUUAUAUAUGAGCCAUGCCAUGAGAAAACCAACAUAGUGGGUUUUGCGACCAUGCUGUUCGCUUUUAAAGCCUACUGCAAUUAGAGAAACCGUUAGCGAACAGCAUGGAUCCUGACCAGACUGCGCGGAUGUGCAGGCUGGUCUGGAUCCAUGCUGGUCGCAAAACCCACUAUGUUGGUUUUCCCAUGGCACGGCUCAUAUAUAUAUUAUGCAACAAUUUUGAUUGGAAUCUUCAUAUUAAGAUCAAUAAACUCUUGACACGAUGUUUCUGUAUAAGUUAAAAUGAUGGAAUCAUGUCUGUUUGGUAGUUUUAUCAAAUUUUUACUGUAAAAAAAUCACUACUGAAUAAAAAGGUUAUUUAGCACAUUUUUGGACCAGUACCCAGCCGCAAAACCUAUUGGACUUACCAGUUGGCUUGUCCAAAAUGUUUUUUUCCAAAGAGGUACUUUUCCAAAUAUAUUGCUGUAUUGUACAGAAAAGUGUUAAUAACCCAACUACAUCAAUCACCUAGGCUGCUUUAGAGAGAUCCUUAGGUGUCCCAUUUUCUCCUUUUGAAUAAUAGAAAUGUAUCUCAUGUAUAGAAGUGCUACAAUUGUUGGAUCCAAAAUGGCGUUUUAGCAACAAUUAAGCUAGAUAGUAACUGGAACAAAAAAAGUAUAAAUUUUGAUACUGGCUGUUGUUAUACGCAUGUGUCAUGUUUUAUUUGUAACUCAUUCACUUGUUUUGUAAGUAUUCAUCUCGUAUACAGAAAGGUAUCCUGCAUGAACCAGAUACUUUCUGAAUAAGACUAAAGAAACAUUGACUCAUCUGUGUACAUAAUCAUCAUCAUUUAUAACAAAUUCUUGGUUGUUGUUGCUGUUUUUGUACCAUUCAGUAUUGUUUAUGAUUUUUAAUAAACAACUCCUUUAACUAUGUCGCUGUAUAGACAGUUAAUAUGUACAGUCAUUUUAACAUUUUUGUCACAGUAUAAACAGUAAGUAUGUACAAAAGCUUUGAUAUUUAUGUCAGUUUGUUUACAAUUAUUAUGUAUAAUUCUUCUCAUGGUAUUGAUGGUAAAAUAUAGUCAGACAAAGUCCCGAAUCAACUUAUGUUUAAGUAUCAUAGAAUUAUAGAAAUUUCUAGGCAGAAAUUGAAAUAUGACUGGUGUUUAUGAUGAUCAUGCAUUGUAUAAUGUAUGGUAGACAUAGCCAACAGGAAAUUGAUUUAGCCCAAAGACUUACAUGAGAAAUACAAUAUAACCAGUUCUGGGCAUGUGUACUUUACUGUUUGGAUUACAAAUGAAUCUGCUGAACUAGGCAACAUGUCAAACUUGCAGGAUUUCAAAUCAAAAACUACCUUUUAUCUGUAAGCGAGUAUGAAUUGUUGAAUCACCUUGAAAAUGGUUUCACCUUAAGGUUGAGAAGAAGGCCUUGAGAAACAAAAAUCAAACAACACCAAAUCAUAGAAAGAAAGAGUUGUUUGACAUGAAAAUUGAACAGCAUGUAAAACAUGUAUAUUACUUUACAAACUCCUUGUCAGUAUACUGAUAUAAACAUUGAAUUCCGGAAAAGGUUUGCCUAAAGGGGCUCCACUUCCGGACAGUUAAACGCCUUUAAAAACUCACCAUUUUCAAAGAACAGUUACACAUGUUUGUGUUGAUGCAUUUGCAAUAGCGUGCAUGUGGUGAAAUUUCGCAUAACAAGGAUGAACACAGUUUUCAGCAAUUGUUUAUCUUUAUUUCUUUACAAAUGGUAUUCAUUUUCAAAGGGCGACAACUUUUUCGGAAUAUUUUAAGUACAAAUGGCAUUCAUUUUCAAAGGGAGACAACUUUUUCCGAUUAUUUUUAAGUAAUUGUUGAGAAAAAGUUGUCUUCCUUUGAAAUUGAAUGCCAUGUUUUACAUGCUGUUCAAUUUUCAUGUCAAACACCUCUUUCUUUCUAUAAUUUGAUGUUAUUUCCUGUUAACUUCGUGCAAGUUUGAAUGAUGUAUUAUAAGAAAUGUAUUUUUAUGUUGUUUUUAAUAUACAUCAGAUGCUAGUCAGUCAGUAAUUAUGUGUAAAGUUAUCUGUGUAUGAUUAAAUGCUAUUUUAUUAAUUUGACAGUUUUAUUUGAUUUUUUUUAUCUUGGGCAAUAAUGUACUUUGUUAAAUAAAUAGAAUUUAUUAAACAGAACAGAAUUCUAUUGGAGCAUAAGUAAUUAAAUGUUGAAAAUUAACCCUUACCGUGCUGGACAAAAUUGAUUCUGCCUUUGCAGCCAGUGUAGAUCAUGAUCAGCCUGCACAUCUGUGCAGUCUGAUCAAGAUCUGCACUGAUAACAAUUCAGUCAGUAUCUUUUUGGUAAGCACCCCUUUUAACAGUUAAUGAUACUGCCAAAAUUGAAAGAUUGACAGUUUCAUCAUAGAAAUUUAACAGGGUAAGGGUUAAUAUCAGUGCUAGCAGUGCUAUGAACAUUUGUUGGGGAAACUGUAUUGUUUAUUCUAACAUUGACUUGGAAAUUUCUAUUGUUUGAUCCACCUUUUAUGUAACAAUUUCCUAUAUUGAGUAGAAAUAUUUAGACACAAGCUAAGGCACACAAGGUCCUCCUUUAUAUAUACAGUGCUCUACAACAGUCUGGAGACAGGUAGGGAAUAAAUAAUAAAUGCAUGAAACAUAGAAUAUAAUGUUUGUUAUAUCAUUUUGACAAAAGCAUUUAAAUUGUUGUUUUAUUUUUGUUUGCUUUGUGGAUAAUCAAACUGUGCUCUGUAUUGAAACAGUAUGAAUUCUAGGGACCAAUAUUCAUAUACUUCUCAUUUAUCUCCAGACUUUUGGAGGGCACUCUAUACCUGUACAAUUCAUUUUAACCUUUAGCCUGCUAAAUUUGUAGAAUGGACUGGUCCAUCAUUCCAUUUGGGCAGUACUGUUUAUUAUUUGAAGGUGUGUUCAAUGAAAAAUUUUAAAGAUAUUUUGAAAAUUAUAAAAGAUUUUAUUACCUCCCCAGUGUUACUUUAGAGUUGUUAACCUUUAGUCUGCUUGAUUUCUAAAUGAACUGGUCCAUCAUUUAAUUUGGGAAAUACCAUUUAUUAUUCGAAGGGGUGUUCACUGAAAAUUUACUGACUGAAUAGCGACCAGUGCAGACCGUGAUCAUGGUCUACACUGGUCGCAAAGGCAGACUCACUUGCCGCCAGCAGGCUAAAGGUUAAAUAAUCAAGGCCUUCGCAUGGAUCCACAAGAAGGCAUUGUUUAUUUGAAUUCUAACAUGCUCAUUAAAACAUGAUGAAUUAUACUAUGCUGAAACUUAAUUCUUCCGAGUAGUAAUGAUCAGGUUUUCAUGCCUAUAUUUGAUGCUGUAAUCGAUAUCGUAAUGUUGUUUAUUGCAGGAUAUACAAUUCUUGACCUCUUCCUUUGUUUAGCUGAUAUAAAAAAAAUAUUGUUGCAUGUUAGAAUUGUGUAUACUUUGAAUCUUGCAAAAUAAAGCUGCAUAUCAUGAAAAGCCUUACAAAUAUGGUGGAUUUAAAGUAAAUCAAGUAACAGCAAUUAAACCAUUGUCUCAUAUAAACGCUAAGUAGUAUAGAAUGUAUACUAAAGCCGUGUUAAUCUGAAGAUGCAAAAAGGUUUAAGCAUAUUGAUGAUAUUUUUACACACAUUGUAGUAUACAAUUAUGUCUCCCACCACACAGUGGUGUGGGAGACAUAUUGAUUUACUCCAGUCUGUGUGUCUGUCUGUCUGUCUGUCAAACAGCUUGUCCGCACUCUAAAUCGAACAUUACUCAUCCGAUCUUCACCAAACUUCAACAAAAUAUGUCUGCCAAUAAGUGCUCGGCCAAGUUCGAUAACCAGCCAAAUCGGCUUAGGCACUUUGGAAUUAUGGCUCUUGAUUUACCAAAAACACUCAGAUUUCUUGCGCAGUUUUAACCCUAAACCGGUGCUAUACUACUAGUAGUAUAGGCGUUCUUUUGGUGUCAAGUAAGUGCAUGCACAUGUGGAUUAAGUAAACAGUAUAUAAAGACUGACUUACUAUUUAGAUGAUUAGGCAGUUGUGGGAGACAUGCGCUUUUCACAAAAGCAUCUCUAGUUGAUUUUGAUUCCAUACCUCAUGUUUUUAUUUCGAUGUAAAAUGUAAAUGAGAUGUGGAACCAAAAUUUGUAGUCCUGUUUAGCGCCAUAUAACCUAUACUGUGUUGGAGCGCCGUAAAACCCAAAUAAAUAAAUAGUAUACAGUUGAAUUUUGUUCACUCUAACUCAGAUGAUUCGAACACAACCCUUUGCAUGGACUCAUCAUCAGGGCCCGCAUUUUAAUUCUAUUUGUAUGUUGUUUCGGUGGCUAGAACUACCUAUAACUCGAACAUAUUUUCCAGGUCUUGUCGAGUUCAAGCGAACAAAGUUUGACUGUAUAUUAACCCUCAGGUGUGUCUUGUAAUUAGUUAAAGCUGUAAAUAGAAAGAUUUUUUUUAUCUUCUUGUCUUCUGUUUAAUGAGAUUUAUAUGGACUGUCAUUGGUUGAAAUAAUACAGGAAUAGUAGCACCUUAGGAAAGCAACAUUAUGAACAUAAAGUUGUUUGUUAUUAUACAGAGGUUCUUGUUUAAGAGAGGUGAAUUUACACAGAAACUGUUCAAGUUGGAAAGAAUAUGUCUUUGAAGGGACAUAGUAGGGUGAUGUUUAUACAAAAUGUAUAUGUUUACAGAUGUUAUUUUAUAUCGGACAUUCUCAAGUAAUGAUAGGCAUUUUAUAAUAGAAUUAUGCUUUUUAGCUCAACUAUUCUACUCACCUUGGCGUCCGCGUCAAACCUUGGUUAAAGUUUUGCAAUGCAAGUACAUAUGGCUAUCAUUUAAAGGCAUAUAGCUUUGAAACUUACUUUUUCUUUUUUGUAGGUCUCUCUGACCUGCGUUUUGGCCAUAUUAUGCCCCCCUUUUGGUUAAAGUUUUACAUGCAAGUUACUAUCUCCAAAACUAAUGCAGAUAUUGAAUUGACACUUCACAUGUGUCUUCGGGGUUAUAAAACUAGUUGAUAGCAUCAAGUUCCAUCACUCUGACCUGCAUUUUGGCCAAAUUAUGCCCCCUUUUGGACUUAGAAAAUCCUGGUUAAAGUUUUGCGUGCAAAUACAUACAGCUAUUACUUAAAGGCAUAUAGAUUUGAAACUUAUUUUUUCUUUUUCUAGAUCAAUUACCAACCUCACUGGGUCAAGUCCCAUAACUCUGACAUGUAUUUUGGGCAAAUUAUGCCCGUUUUGGACUUAGAAAAUUCUGGUUAAAGUUUUGCAUGCAAGUUACCAUCUGCGGAACAAAUGCAGAUAUUAAAUUGAAACUUCACAUGUGCCUGCAGGGUUAUAAAACUAGUUGAUUGCAUCAAGUCCCAUAACUCUGACAUGUAUUUUGGUCAAAUUCUGUCCCCUUUUGAACUUAAAACUUCUGGUUACAGUUGUGCAUGCAAGUUACUAUCUUCAAAACUAAUGCAGAUACUGGAUUGAAACUCUAUAGAUAUUUUAACAUUUAGGGUAAUAUUUUCCUGCUUCUGGGACAAUAAUUCGAAUAGUCGAGCAUUGGCUGUCUUACGGACAGCUCUUGUUAUAAGUAUGGUAGAACGCUCUUUUUACAUUACCAGUAAGUUUUCUGGAGCCUUGAUAAAUCAAACCAUUUUGUUGGAUCUUGUAUGUUUAAAUUUGCUGUAGCAAUCAUCUGUAGUAAGCAGCCACUUGCCUGAAGCUGCCAGCCAGUAAACAUUCAGAAUUGACAUUUUGUUUUUAAUUGAGCCACACCAUGAGAAAACCAACAUUGGAUCCAUGCUGUUCGCUAAUAGUUUCCCUAAUUGCAAUAGCCUUUGAAAGCGAACAGCAUGGAUGCGCAGGCUGGUCUGGAUCCAUGCUGGUCGCAAAGCCACUAUGUUGGUUUUCUCAUGGCGCGGCUCAAUUAAGUUCAGCCUUCCUAAAGUAGCCAAAUUGUGACACUUCAACAUUGGUUGCAUAGUACAGGAUUGACAAUACUAAUUUUUGACAAAAUGUUUUGUAAGUAAAACAUAUCAAUGGUGUUCCUUCUGUAAAUACACAUUUCAGUAUUUGUUUACAGUGUAAUGUUUGUUCACUAUAUUACUGUUUUGUUAUGUUUGUAUUCUGGUAUAACCAUACAGACUCGCCAUCAGUGACAGCCUAAAAGAUAUAUAAUUUACUUAAUUGUAUGUUUGUCUACAUGUGCUAUGUUUAUGAUCUUGUAUAUUUGUAUAAAAUAAAUGAUCCAAUUGCAAGUAAA